GGAGUUAGAGAUCUGUAACAUAAGCUGCAGUUUCCUGCUUGCCACGAAGAUGCUGGACAUCAAGGCUUGGGCUGAGUAUGUCGUGGAGUGGGCUGCGAAGGACCCCUAUGGCUUCCUCACCACCGUUAUCUUGGCGCUCACCCCGCUGUUCCUAGCGAGUGCUGUGCUGUCCUGGAAGCUGGCCAAGAUGAUUGAAGCCAGAGAGAAGGAGCAAAAGAAGAAACAAAAACGUCAAGAAAACAUUGCAAAAGCUAAACGGCUGAAAAGAGACUGAAGGAGUGCGCAGCGGCUA